AUGCUGCAGGCCCUUCAGCAUCUCCGCAGCUUCCCCCAGACCCGCUCCAGCAGCUCCCUGAGGAGCCCAGAGCUGGGCGCUUCACGGGGCUCGGGAAUCGCGGGGCCAUUCCCAGGGAAAGCCGCCGAGGCGGCGGGGGAAGAGGGCAACGGGGGCGUUGCCACGGCAACUCCCGCCUCCCGCGCGGCCGGAGGGGGCGGGGCUCGUUACCACGGCAACAGGAGCACCGCCCCUCAUGGCGGCGGGGGCUCGGGAAUCGCGGGGCCAUUCCCAGGGAAAGCCGCCGAGGCGGCGGGGGAAGAGGGCAACGGGGGCGUUGCCACGGCAACUCCCGCCUCCCGCGCGGCCGGAGGGGGCGGGGCUCGUUACCACGGGACCCGCCAGCUGAGCCCGGAAAACCGGGAAUAUCCUCUAUUGCGGGCGGCUGGCGGCAACUUGAGCUGGCAAACGGAGGGAGCGGUGAGCCCGCUUGAGUUGGCAGACGGAGAGAGCAGGUCGCUUUUCCGUGGAAGUUCGCGUCAGGUGACAGCUGCUGCUUCAGGUGCCAGUGAAAGCGUGGGGAAGCACAUGCUUGAAGCAUGCAACAACAACCUGGAGAUGGCUGUCACCAUGUUCCUGGAUGGAGGAGGGAUAGCAGAGGAGCCCAGCACCAGCUCUGCAGCCGUGUCUGCUGUGCGCCCGCACCCCGAAGAUGAAGUACGAGCUCCAAUUCCUCAAAAACAGGAAAUCUUAGUAGAGCCUGAGCCCUUAUUUGGAGCUCCUAAAAGACGCAGACCUGCCCGCUCAAUAUUCGACGGUUUUCGGGAUUUUCAGACAGAGACCAUCCGGCAGGAGCAGGAGCUCCGGAACGGAGGGGCGGUGGACAAGAAGCUGACAACACUGGCAGAUCUCUUCAGACCUCCCAUUGACCUGAUGCACAAAGGCAGCUUUGAAACGGCCAAGGAGUGUGGUCAGAUGCAGAACAAGUGGCUCAUGAUAAACAUUCAGAACGUGCAAGAUUUUGCCUGCCAGUGCCUCAACCGUGACGUCUGGAGCAAUGAGGCUGUGAAGAACAUCAUCAGGGACCACUUCAUUUUUUGGCAGGUGUACCAUGACAGCGAGGAGGGACAGCGGUACAUACAGUUCUACAAACUAGCAGACUUCCCUUAUGUCUCCAUCCUGGAUCCCAGGACAGGCCAGAAGCUUGUAGAGUGGCACCAGUUAGAUGUGACUUCUUUCUUGGACCAAGUGACGGGGUUCCUGAGCGAGCACGGCCAGCUGGACGGCCACUCCAGCAGCCCUCCCCAGAAAUGCUCCCGCUCAGAGAGUCUCAUUGAUGCCAGUGAGGACAGCCAGCUGGAAGCUGCCAUCAGAGCCUCGCUGCAGGAGACACAUUUUGAUUCCUCCCAGGCCAAGCAGGAGAGCCGGUCGGACGAGGAGUCGGAGUCGGAGCUGUUUUCUGGAAGCGAAGAGUUUAUUUCUGUUUGUGGCUCUGAGGAGGAGGAGGAGUCGGAGAUCCCAGCCAAGCUGAGGAAGUCUCCACACAAGGACUUGGGGUACAAAAAAGAGGAGAGCAGGAGGCCUCAGCCUGAGCCCUCUGCAAGGACUGAGCCCGGGACAGCAUCAAACCACAGAGUGCUGCCCUGCCUCGAGGCAGGGGCGCUGGAGGAGUCGCCUGACAAGCCUGAGAGCACGUUCCGGGGCCUGGACGUCAAUGGACCAAAGGCACAGCUGAUGCUGAGGUAUCCAGAUGGAAAAAGGGAACAAGUUUCACUGCCUGAACAAGCUAAACUUCUGGCUCUUGUGAAGCACGUGCAGUCCAAAGGAUACCCCAACGAGCGCUUUGAGCUGCUCACCAACUUCCCUCGGAGGAAACUCUCACACCUGGACUAUGAGAUCACGUUACAGGAGGCAGGCCUGUGUCCUCAAGAGACUGUCUUUGUGCAGGAAAGGAAUUAGCACUGUGGCCUGAGCUCUCCCAGCCUUCCUCCCUCUCCUCUUUGCCUGGGACAAGAGUGGUUAAAUAUGCAGUUAAGGGUCAUGGGAUUGCAGUGCUGGAUCAGGCAGCUGGCUGGCCCUUCCUUCCCCUCCUCCUCCUCCUCUCCCUCCCUCCCUUCUCCCACUCUAGUGACCAAAUGAGAGUGCUCAGUUUUAUUUUCUUCCUCAGCUGCAGAGAGCAUUGGGAAGAACAUCUUUCCUCUGCUUUCCUGGAAUAAAGUAAAACAGUGAUCUGUGUAUCCAGCAUGCUGGAGCUUGGAGUGGCCAUAAUACACAAACCCUUCUCGCUGCUAUUCUUAAAUCUGUUUUGUUUAAUUUAUUUUGAAAGGAGUGUGUGAUAAGGCACGGAGGCAUCUCUCUGUAAGGAGAGAGCAUAACCUUCAGGACAGUCUUUCCUUUGUUUGGAUUCCCUACACAAAAGAUCUCCAUUAACCUUCCAGCCUUCUCUUACCCAACACCCUGGGUUUGGAAAAAGAGUUGGGUUGAGCCACGGUAAAAUUCUCUACCCCACCUAAUUCAAAGGUUUCUAGAUUGCCUGCAUGUUUACCUCCUGCUUUAAAUUGCCAGUGGACAUAGUAAAAAAUCCAACCAAUCCCCAGAAACCAGCUGUGCUCCAUAUGGGAUUGACUGCUUGGCCCAGAGGGAAAUCUGUCAGUCCAGUGCUGGAGCAGAACCAGCUCCUUCGUGCGUGUGGGUGGGUUAUCCAUGUUCUCUUCCCAGUAUCCUCAAAGUGUCUCCUUAGUUGCUCUCAGGACUUUGCAAAUGACAAGGGUACUGUAAAGGUUUUGGAUUCUCUGAAAACACCUGCCACAGAGACCCGAGUCAGCUGGCUUUUUUCCUUGGCACAGUGGUUGGUUUCUCUAGGAGUGAGUGUUUUCACUGACAGCAUUGGGCAUCAAUUAAUGCUUCAUAAAACACCUUCCAGCCUGGUGGCUUGAAUUCCCUGGGAUGGUUUUUGUCCUGUGUUCAUCUACUGUCACCUCUAAAUUUGAAGGGCUGCAUGGAAAGCUGGUCCUUGGUGCAGGCUUUCCUUUCAGCUCUGGAGGCUUCACCACAAGUCAGUGCCCUGGUUUUCCUCCAGUGUCCAGUGGGACAGGAGUUAACUGGCACAGCCCUCAGCACAGUGUAGAUUUGUGUAUUUACAGCUAAAAAUUCAGUUUAACGUGGUCUUCAGUCACUGAGGAGAAAGGCACAUGGGACCUGGCAUAACUGCUGACUUUUUCUGCCACUCUCAGAUUAUUUGGUCGUCAAAAAUUUACAUAUUCCAAUUUUUCAAGACCAUUUUGCCUUUGAUUUCAUACUAGCAUCUCUACUUUGAAACCUUUAAAUGCAAGAAAUCAGAGAAAAUGUCUGACAUUCCCCAUGAAAACUUCAGCUCACAGCUGUCUCCUGCUCCUAAUUGAGAUUUGACAUGUAAUCAUGGAAUUGUAUAAAUUGAUUUCCCUUCCUGCUGCAGGAUGGAGUGUCAGGAAAGCAGAGUCUCAUCUCAGUUUCCUGAUCAGUGGUUGAUGUGACACCAGAUGUCAUCUUUGGUUUCUAAAGUCCCCCAGGUGUGGAGGCUGCUCCCAGCAUGGGGAAGUGAAGGGGAGGGUCUUGUGUUUGGCCUGUGAAGCAGCAGUGGCACCUCCAGACUGAAGGAUCCUUUAAUUCUUGCAUCUCCAGGUCCCCAACUCAUGCUUCCACGUGGACCUAAAACUUCCUGGAGCAGCUGCAGCUGUCUGGUUGGAAUAACAAAUCCCAGGUGUGGUUUAUUUGCACCUUCCCUCCUGGGCCUGCUCCUGUUUGUGGGGCUGGGCUGAGCUUUGUGAUGACACCAGGAAUUGCUUAAACAGGGAAAAGAAGAUAGGGAAGUUGAAUAUUUAUACUGAAAAUGGCAUUUUCUCAUGGUUUCUAGGAGUUGGUUCUGUUCCAGGAAACUCUGGGUUGGGUUUUUUUGUUUCUGUGUCACACUGUGGGUUUUUUUCUAUCAUUUUUCUUUUGCUUUGCUUUGAGAGCAAGAAACAGCGAAAAAAAAAAAACUAACUAAGGAAUAUGUAUCCCUGCAUGUGGCUCUUCUCUUUGUUCAUUCCUCUCCCUCUGCUUCCCAACCCAAACAAACCACACAUCAGCUGUGCUGCAGGGGCUGAAAGCUGAUGAGAAGCUGCACCAACCAGGAUACAAACCUCUGCAGCCCUUCAUCCCCUUGGAGGAAUGUGGUUGAGAACACAAACCAAGUCCUGCCUGGGACAGCUCACGGCAGUGAAGGUGAUGGGUUAGGCAAUGUUUAAAGACAUUUAAACAGUCACUUCUAGAUGUGAAAUCUGAACCUCAAAUUGCCUUGGCUGGAAAAAAUGUGUUAAAUUUGAUUGUGAAAGACAAAGGAAACCAAUCCUUCAAAAGCUGUGGUUUGUGGCUUCCUGGGGGUGUCACUGGCUCAGGAUUUGCAUGUGGUGCUGAGGGAGCAGCAGUGCAUGUGGGCAGUGCAGGAUUUUCUGAGAGGAGAGCUGCUCAGGGCUGUUGUGUUCGAAGCUGGAGCUCUUGCUGCUGGUGGAGAUGUUCCCUUUUUGCCUGUGCUCUUCAUCUAACACAGCUUUGUUUUGGGAUGGGAUGUCCAGUAGUCCCAGUGACAGCCAGGAUCCUGGAACAGAAGGUGAAACAAGCUCUGGCUUUCCCUGCCAGGUGCAGCUGACACAUUCAUGUCCCACUUCAGAGGCCCACAGUAGGAUUUUGGAUCUUUCUGAUGCUACAUGCUCUGAAGUCAUGAUUGACCAGCCUCAACCUCACAGCAUUCCCCACUGACCCAAAAAGGGCAGGUAGAGGCUGGGCCAAACAUUUCUGGCCACACUUGUGUUAUUUUCUUUAGGCUUUGAACUAAGGUCUGUGAUUUUUAUGAUUUCUGACAUUCAUGGACUGCAGUGUGUUGCUUUUCCUGGUAGAUCAGUUCAGAUAACACCACUGAUGUUAGAGGAAUGUCCAGGAUUUGCAGGUAGCCUUGUAAAAUGCAGUUGUCUGUAAAAGGCACCCAGAUGUACCAUUAUUCCUAAGUACAUCUAAACAGGAAUUUUCCAUCAGCUCUUCCCAGAGCUCCCUGACCUUCUCUCACUGUUAGGGGAAGUGACACCUCUCCUUUGUCCAGCUUGUGUUUCACAAGGUCCAUGUCCUCCAGAGCUGAUUUGUACACUCAGCUUGCCCUGCUGCUGUGGUUUGUACCUUGGCAGAAACUGUUUGGUGCAGGUUUUAGUAACUCAACCUCUCUGCUGAAGGGUCUCAAAUUCCUGUUCCUGUCAGAGCACUGAGCUGCUUCACUGGGACUCGAGCAACAAGGGCUAAAUUAAAACCAGUUUUCUUUUGAGGGCAGGGCUGUUUGUCAGGUAGCAAACACUUCGGAGAUGCUCGAAACAUGGUGGGGUUUUUUUUUUAAACCACAUAAAAAUGAAAUGUGAACAUAGGGACCUGUGUAGGAAUGUCCAUGUGAAUGGGAAGAUCUGUGUCAUUUCAGGGCCUCAUCACUUCAUUUUUAUUCCCUUUUAGUUUGUAUUAAAUGUCACUGCUUUGUUCUGGUUUAAUCCCUGUUUAAUGAAGUUGAUAAACAGUUAGUCUGGUGUUCCAGGAGGAGGAGGGGUGGCAGAGAUGUGCUCUAGGUGGGUGAAGUGCAAAGCCACUGUCCUUAAGGACUGGCUGUGCCUUGUCUGGCUGUUCCCACGGGCUCAAAUCCAGCCUCUGCUCUCCCUCACCCUUUCUAUUUAUUUAUUUUCACACGUGAUUUUCUGUAAAUGAAACAGCUCCUGUUUCAAAGACAAAACAAGCUGAUGUUGUUGGAAGUACCCCCAGGCCUGUGAGGAUUUGGAGCUGGUGAGGUUCAUGGAUGCCCUUUCUGUGAUGACUUUGAUUCCUGCCUCCUCUUGUCCGUGGGAUGCUCGGGGUCUGUGCACUCCCAACCAACAGAGCCAUAAGUAUUUACACACACACAGGGAUUCAGGCAGAGACUGCUGCACCUCCCAGCAGUGCCUCACCCUGCCUGGGGUUAUCCAGUGUUCAUGGGCACCUCCUGAGUGAGGACAGAAAUUCGGGAUUUGGUCCUGUCUGAUCGCUGGGAGUGUCUGCAGCGAAGAGAAAAGUCACUUUGUAGCUGCUUGUGAAAUGGUGCCCAGACUGAAGGGGUAGAACUGAAACUCUGGAGCAGGGCAUGAGGUGCUAUUUUACAGACUUCUUAUAUGAAGAACAUCUGGGUAAAACUCAACUCAGAGACACCAGACUCUAGGACAGAUGACUUUUUUAAAAUGAGGCUGUUUCCUGGAACUGGGAACAUCUAGUUUCUAAGGGACAGCUUUUCACAAUGGUCACUUUCUUCAAAAAUGGCAACUUCACGUGGGAGGAGGGAGAGGAUUAAUUUGGAAGUUUUCAGCUCACUGUGCUGGGAGGGACCAAACUCAAGGAAACCUCUGAUCUAUAUACACAACUGCUGCAUUUUUUAUAAAUAUAUGUAAAUGUCCUAUUGUAAUAUUUGA